AUGAGUGCGAGUUAUCAAAGAAACAUCCAAGACGAUUUCGACGAUGAUGGUGCUGAAGCUAUGGAAUACGAGCCUUCUGAGAAGAGCCUUGACCAGAAAUCCCUCCUUGAUGAAAUUCCAGAGCCUUGUCAAUAUGAAAAUACAAAUGAGACAUAUGAUCCGUCUCAAAAUGGGUUCCCUCAGACUUCUCACUUUGGGCCUGACAAAAUGUCCCAUGGCGGGUACUACAGUAAUGGAGAUAAUUCCCAGAACAUUUCCUCUAGCUUUCUGAAUUUAAGUGAUUCGGAUGCUAAUAAAGCAGACAUAAGCAAGAAUAUGAACGAAGGGUCUCUAGAGACUGCCGCCAAUAUGGAUACACAAUCAAAGCAUAAUUUUGAUAAUAUUCAGGAACUGAAACAACAAGUUGUUGAGCUCAAGAGGCAGAUCUCUCUUAAGGACCAAGACCUGAUGUACUGCAAACAGAGAAAUGAGAAGUUAACUAAUGAAGUUAAUAGUUAUAAGUCAGGCAGCUCGGCUAUUCCCAACCAAAAUUUGGAGCACAUCCGUCAAGAAAAUCAAUUUUUAAGGGAGAAAUGAGUUGACUCUGAAGCAAAAAUUGCUCAAAUGGAGGAAUAUAUAAAGGAAGUAAUAGAAGACACAGAGGAAGGACAAUUGAUGCAACUACUCAAGAAGGAAAAAGAGAUCAAUGAGCGCCUCCAAGAGGAAAAGAAUCAACUUUUAGAGUACGUUGAGUCCUCACUUGAAGAGCAAGAAAAUGUCACUAAAUAUAUUGAAUCUCUUAAAGAAGAGAAUGCUAAGCUUAAGCAAGAAGGAAACUCAAAGCUAAGGAGUAGCUCUAAUGCUGAUUCUGAUUACAUCCAACAUUUUGAUACCUUUGGUGGGGAAGGAGAUGAUACUUUGGUCAAACAAAAGCUUCAAGAAGCCCAAGAAACCAUUGAAAAGCUACAAGAGCAGAUGUCUCAGCUUGAACAAACCAGACAAAUAGAAAAUAAAUCUAAAAACACAGAUAUAGAGAACUUGACUGAGAAGUUAAGAAUAGCUGAAAGUGAUAAAGAAACAGGCUCUAGAGCCAUCUCUGAUUUUGAGUCCCAUUUCAAAUCAGAAAUUGAAGAUUUGAAAUCUUCAUUAAAAAAAUCCCAAGAUGAGUUACUAAAAACCACUAAUGAUAGAGACCAGGCUCAAGUCCAAUUGAAGACUCUUGAAAGGGAAUAUGAAGAAAUAGUUACUAAACUACAGAAGAUGAAGGAUAAUUAUACUGCAAUGGAAAAUACCUGAAAUGAGACCCAAACAGAGCUAGAGGAGCUUAGAGAGAAAUACGACCAAGAAGUAGCAAAAACAGCUAAUCAUGAGGAAAUGAAUGAGUAUAAGAUCAACCUCGAACAAGCCGAAAAUGAAAGAGAUGCACUAAAGAAUUUAAAUAAGCAACAAACUGAGACCAUUCAGAGCAAAACUAAAAAGGUCGAAGAUCUUACUGAGCAGAUUCAAGAGCUCAAUGCUCAGAUCAGAGAGCUAGAGAAUGAAGUUGAUAAGCUUUCCAGGGAGAAAACUACCCUCAAUAUGCAGCUAGAACAAUCUAAAAAUGUCACUGAGUCUCCUGAUUAUGUUGAGCUUCUAGAAAAAUUUACUGAACUUAGGGAAGAGAUGGAGAACAAAGAUGUUAAAUAUAAAGAGAUGAAGCAUGAUUUCUCCAAGAAACUGAAUGAGUUCCAACAAAUGUCCCACGACUACAACGAGUGUAAGCAUGCUCUACAAGAUCUGAAGUACGGUUACAACAACCUUGAGGCUCAAAAGAAGGAGAAAGAUGAGAGAUUGAAGCAAAUGAGCACUAAGAAUGAUACUCUUACUGAAGAACUUCAAGCUGUCAAGGAAAAGCACAAGAAAAAGAGCAAUUCCGAAAUAGAAGAAGCUAAUCAAAGAGUAAGAGAAGCUGAGGAUGAUAAUAGAACUCUCCAGAAAAUUCUCAAAAUCAACAGAGAUAAGGCAAACGAGUGUGCUAGACUAGUAGAUGAAUUUAAUGAAUCUUUCCUAAACUACGCAAAGGAGGACCAUUUUGAUAAGAAACUAAUCAGUAGAAAAUACAGAGACUUCAUGAUCCUAACCGACAAGAUCAAGCCUGCUAAGCAAUCAGACCAAAUUCAAGAUGUUAUGGAGAAAGUAGAGGAAUGGGUCUUACAAUCUGCUGAAGAAUUUGAAAUCCAAAUGAAAAAUGCAGCUACCUUUAAAAGAAAGUACCUCCAAGUCAGUGAAAGAGUCGAUCAGCUUGAAGACUACCAAAUGAACAUCACUAAUGAAGAGAAAAGAAGGCAUAAAAGAGAAGAAGAGCUUAAGAAAGAAAUCAACACUCUUAAUGCCAAGCUGGGACAAGUAGAAUCGGAGAAAUCUUGUUCUUACAAAAGGGAAGAUAAGUCCUCAAAGCAGCUACAUAACCUAAAGCAGGAUUUAAAGGCCAUUUCUAAGGAGAAUCAACGGUUAAUCUCUCAGAUGAAAGCCGUCUCUACAGAAAAGGAUAGGCUCAAGCUCCAGCUAAAAGACAAUGAUAGGAUGAAAGGGUGUGAAAGUGAGAAGAUAAAAGAUCUAGAGCACAGGAUAUUCCAUCUACUAUAUGAGAAAGACUCUAUCAUGGAUAUGCUGAACACUUUGGAAAGGUCCAUCCCAAGCACAGAGGUGCAGAGACUAUUCUCAGAGUACAUCAACAACCAAAAGGAAAUGUUUGAUUUGGAAGACAACAAGAAUAAGCUAGAGAAUGAACUAUUGACUAAAGAGAAGGAGUUAAGAGGCACUGCAAAGGAAGAACAGCUUUCACCAGCUGUCAUUAACCUUAGGAAGGAUAUAGAGAUCAUGAGAAAAGAACUUGCCGAUAUUGAAAACAUUAUAGAAGAGACUAAGCUCAAACUCUCAUCUCUUAAGGAUGAAUUACAUUGUGUUGAGAUUCACGAGAAGAGAAGGAACGAAGUUAUUUUUGAAACGGAAAGAACACUUUUAGAGAAAAGAGAAGAAAACGAAACUCUAAAGAGGGAGUUAAAUUAUCUAUCAACUUCCAAAACUGAUAUCGAAAGGGCUUAUCAUGCAGUAGUUGAAGAGAAGAAGAUCAUUGAUCGUGAAUUAAUGAUGCUUAAAGUGAAAAUGAAUCAUAAUAACACUUCAGAGUAUCAUAAUAAGCCGAAUAUUCUGCAUUCAACUAUGAAUCCUGGGGAUUAUUCUAAGAAUAAGAUUUGGCAGAGCAACAAUCAUACUUAUUCAUCAAAUAUGGGAGGAAACGAAACUUCUUCCUACGUAUCUCCAGAGAUUGGCCAUAAAUUUAACAGUUUUUACCCAAACCAAUCCAGGGGUAGCAACAGAGAAGACAUCACUGAACAGUACGAAUCAGAGGAGGAAGAAAGAAGUGAGGACCAGAUCAUCGAGCAAUCAUAUGAGACUGAGUCCAACUUCGGUCCUGGAGAGGAGCUAUCAAUCCAAGACAAGUUAAAGCAAGUGAAAGAUGCUUUUAACUCGAUUAAGAGUAGCAUUCACUUGAAGAAUAAUUAG